GACAAAAUUCUUCAAAAUUGAUUAGUGCUAAAUGCUGGUUAUAAGAACCAGGUCACAAUCCGGUUAAAGGAGCCGGAACUAUAGAUCACGAAGCGAGUGGUGAGACACUGUGUCGCUAGACCGAUCGGCACCGCUGGACCGGAGUAACGUGACGUAAAACGGAGCAAACCAAACGUGCAUGCUCACCGAUUCCCCCGCCCCGAGGACAGCCAACGAAAUAGACCAACGGACCAAACGUUGGCCGCACCCAGGACACGGUCCUUUAUGUACUGCAGAUAUGAAAGCUGUUGUAAAACUGUUAUUAAUAUUGUAUUCAAUAAAUUUGUAUGUUGUAUCUCAAAAACCUACAAUAGAUUACCCUUCAUUCUUUAAUAUUGGAGGAGUACUUAGCAGUAAUGAUAGUGAAACUCAUUUUUCGAUGGUUAUCGCGCACUUGAAUUUUGAUCAACAAUAUGUUCCUAGGGGUGUUACAUAUUAUGAUAAAACUAUUAGAAUUGACAAAAACCCCAUAAAAACUGCUUUGGAUGUUUGUAAGCAUUUGAUCUCAAGGCGGGUUUACGCCGUCGUUGUUUCCCAUGAGCCAACUGGAGAUUUAUCGCCAGCUGCAGUAAGUUAUACAAACGGGUUCUACCAAAUACCAAUCAUCGGCAUAUCUUCGCGAGAUGCAGCAUUUUCGGACAAAAAUAUCCAUGUAUCGUUUCUCAGAACUGUUCCCCCAUUUUAUCACCAAGCGGAUGUUUGGCUUGAAAUACUUAGCCAUUUUGGAUAUACUAAGGUAAUUAUUAUACACAGCUCAGAUACUGAUGGCCGAGCGAUUUUAGGUCGCUUUCAAACAACUUCACAAACGAAUUACGAUGAUAUAGACGUUCGUGCUACAGUUGAGAGUAUUAUUGAAUUCGAACCGAAACUGGACACGUUUACUGAGAAUCUGCUUGAUAUGAAAACUGCUCAGUCUAGAGUAUAUUUACUUUACGCAAGCGCUGAUGAUGCUUACAUCAUAUUUCGAGAUGCUGCUCAAAAUAAUAUGACAGAAGUCGGUCACAUCUGGAUUGUUACCGAACAAGCACUGCAAGCAAAUAAUACACCAAUAGGAGUCUUAGGACUAAAACUAAACUAUGCUAAUAGCGAAAAUGAGCACAUCAGAGAUGCCAUAUAUGUUUUAGCUGCUGCUAUCAAAGAAAUGAUGACUUUUAAUGAAACAAUCACAGAAGCACCAAAAGAUUGUGAUGACACAGGUUCCAUUUGGGAAUCAGGAAGGAAAAUGUUUAACUAUCUGAAAACUCGUAAUAUUCGUGGUGCUACUGGACAGGUUGCCUUUGAUAGUAAUGGAGACAGGAUGUUUGCCGAAUAUGAUGUAGUCAAUGUUCAGCACUCUUCAUCAUCAAUUUUAAGAAAAAAUAUUGUUGUUGGAAGUUUGUUUUACGAUGCAGAAAAAGGAAGAAUGAAAUUGAAAAUUAAUGACACAGCCUUGAUCUGGCCAGGAAACACAGAGAAAAAACCGGAAGGAAUCAUGAUUCCAACACAUUUGAAGGUUUUAACAAUCGAAGAAAAACCAUUCGUAUAUGUUCGAAAAUUACUAGAUGAUGAAAUUGAAUGUCAGGAUGAUGAAACGAUUUGUCCACAUUUCAAUACAACUGAUGGAAUUGAAAAAGAAUUUUGUUGCAAAGGCUACUGUAUUGAUUUAUUAAAAGCACUAGCAGUCAGGAUAAAUUUCACAUUUGAUUUAGCAUUAUCCCCCGAUGGCCAAUUUGGCCAUUAUCAGCUAAAAAACCACACAACCGGAAUUGGAACGAAUGUUAAAAAAGAAUGGAGCGGUUUGAUUGGAGAGCUUGUAGCUGAACGAGCUGAUUUGAUAGUGGCACCCUUAACUAUAAACCCAGAAAGGGCGGAAUUCAUUGAAUUCUCCAAGCCUUUCAAAUAUCAAGGUAUUACCAUAUUGGAGAAAAAACCGUCUAGAUCAAGCACACUGGUGUCUUUUCUUCAACCAUUCAGUAAUACAUUAUGGAUUUUGGUGAUGGUAUCAGUACACGUUGUAGCGUUGGUUCUCUAUUUAUUGGACCGUUUCUCACCUUUUGGAAGAUUUAAACUCACUACAAACGAUGGAACUGAAGAAGACGCACUAAACUUGAGUUCUGCAAUUUGGUUUGCUUGGGGGGUUCUGCUCAAUAGCGGAAUAGGUGAAGGUACUCCCAGAAGUUUUUCGGCGAGAGUUUUAGAUUUUGACGACACGCUGCGUUUGAGUACUGCAUGGCACAAGUGUAUGCUACUUCCAGUGAUUAAGUCUAUGAUUCCUGACAAUCAUCGUAUGGUAUGGGCCGGCUUUGCAAUGAUUAUUGUAGCUUCAUACACCGCGAACUUAGCAGCCUUUCUUGUAUUGGAACGCCCCAAAACUAAACUAUCUGGGAUAAACGACGCCCGCUUGCGCAAUACAAUGGAAAAUUUAACUUGUGCAACAGUCAAAGGGUCGGCUGUGGAUAUGUACUUUCGAAGACAAGUGGAACUAUCUAAUAUGUACCGCACUAUGGAAGCAAAUAAUUAUGCCACAGCUGAACAAGCUAUUCAGGAUGUUAAAGACGGUAAAUUAAUGGCUUUCAUAUGGGACUCUUCACGCUUAGAGUACGAAGCUGCCAAAGAUUGCGAGCUAGUUACAGCAGGAGAACUCUUUGGUCGAAGUGGCUAUGGUAUCGGUUUACAGAAAGGAUCAGCUUGGACCGAUGCUGUAACAUUAGCGAUACUGGAUUUUCACGAAAGCGGCUUCAUGGAAUCGCUAGACAAAGAAUGGAUUUUCCACGGAAAUAUACAACAAUGCGAACAGUUCGAGAAGACUCCUAAUACACUUGGGCUAAAAAACAUGGCUGGAGUGUUCAUUCUAGUUGGUGCGGGUAUUGUAGGAGGAAUAGGUUUAAUAAUUAUUGAAGUUGUAUAUAAAAAGCAUCAAAUAAAAAAACAAAAAAAAAUGGAAAUAGCUAGGCAUGCGGCAGAUAAAUGGAGAGGAACAAUAGAGAAGCGAAAAACAUUACGUGCAUCAAUGGCAAUGCAACGACAGUACAACGUGGGAUUAAAUUCUGUAUCUAAGUCAAUCAGUCAAGUUAUCGAUAAAAACCGUAAUCCGAAACUAAUUCCACCUCGUACACCGGAAAGAGCAUGGCCUGGUGACCCUGAAGUUACACGAAAUCGAAGAAAUAACGAUCAUUCUUUCAAAUCUCCACCUAGAUAUAUGCCCACAUACGCAACAGACGUUUCUCACCUUGUAGUUUAAAAAGUUAUAGUUUCGCUCAAAUGCUUCAAAUAGAAACGUCAAAUGUGGUAUUUCUCAUUAAAACUAUUCCGCUAUUAAUAAAAUUCGCCAACUAGUACUAUGUGCAAGAAAA